AUGAGCUGCCCCCCGCCAAGUCCGGAGGUCUGCCCGCAAGUAUGCCCACCUACGCCUCCGCUGCCUUUCUGUUACGUGAAGCCCGUCAUGAGGUGUCUUCAUCAAAAGCAAACUGUUAAAAUAAUAUGGGGAGCGAUGCUCCUAUGCGCUUUAGGCGGUUCCUGCGUCUAUUUCUUCAUAGGAGUACCGAGACGAGCUAAAUACAAGGAUUAUUAUGCGAGAGGAGAAUUUGAAGACUGGGAGGAUGAAAUGGCUAGAAAAGGCUUAUUUCAAUCGGUGCCCAAGGAAUCUUUAAAAGACAAUCAGCCUCAGAAAAAAAAUGUGUGGUGGUGUGAUGUUGUGAACAAAAUGGACAUAUUGGACGAUGACAUUUGGUCGGCCGGCGGCGAACGUGCCCCGUCCGGCACCACAUUCGCUAUAUCGUGCAGUCGCGAUGAAAACACUGAAAUACGUAAUAAAAAAGUUGUGUAA